GUGGAAGUCCCUCCUCCACCGGAAGCUAGGCAGCGCCAGCGCUUACCGCUUUUCCGGAAGCGCGGGAGUCUUGGUUUUUGUAGGCUCUGCUGAGGCAGCUGUACCGUAGUACCACCGUUGAAGGCUCCGUUUCCCUGAGACUUCAUGGCCGUUUGAGGUGACAUGGCUCCGGGCGACAGAGGAACAGGCGGUGGCAAUGGAGGGGCCGCCGCUCCCUCAGGCUGCCCGUAGGGAGGGAGCCUAAAGCCACUCUGAAUCUCUCGGGCCUGUGCUUACUUCUUUUGCAGUGAUACCGCCUACGGCGAAGAUGAGCUCUGUGUGGGUCACCUCUUUCGAGAAGGAGCAUCUCUGGAUGUAUCUGCAGGCGCUCGGUUUCGAGCCAGGCCCGGCCACCAUUGCCUGCGGAAAGAUCGUGUCGCACACGCACCUCGGAGUGAACAUGUUUGACAAGUUGAACCGUGAUGCCUUUCAAAUUGUUUCUUAUUUUUUGUUUCAAACACUGGACCAGUCUCUCACCAAAGAAAUUUUCAAGCUUUGUUGGCCUCCAUUUGACCAAAAGAGUGACACUGAAUUCCGGAAACAUUGCUAUGAAUGGUUAAAAAAGAUUUCUGUGGAAUGUGGAAGUAGCUUUCCUCAAGUUGUUGGGUCACUUUUUCUUUCUCCUGGUGGUCCUAAGUUUAUUCAUCUGAUGUAUCAUUUUGCACGAUUUGUUGCAAUAAAAUAUAUCAAAACCCAUUCUAAAAAUUCUUCUAUACGUUUUACAGAGACAUUUAAUGUAAAAUCACAAGAUAUGCACAAAUGCAUUGCCAGAUGCCAUGUGGCACGUAAUAGAUUUUUACACAUUUUGCAAAGAGAAGACUGCGUUACCCGAAAGUAUCAGGAAAAUGCACAAUUGUCAGUUAAACAAGUACGAAGUUUGAGAGCAGAAUGUAUGGAACAGCAGAACCAAAUAAAAAAAAUGGAACCCUAUGAUGACCAAAGUAAUAUACAAGAGAAAAUCCAAAAGGUUCGGUCUUUGUGGGCUUCAGUGAAUGAAACGCUCAUGUAUUUGGAAAAAGAAAGAGAAGUUGUUAAUGCAGUCCUUAAUCUUGUUAACCAAUAUACUUUAGAUGGAACUAAUGUUGCUAUCAAUAUUCCAAGGCUCUUACUUGACAGAAUUGAGAAACAAAUGUGUCAGUUGCACAUUGGAAAUGUUUAUGAGGCUGGAAAAUUGAACCUGUUAACAGUUAUUCAGUUAUUAAAUGAAGUCUUGAAAGUAGUGAAAUAUGAACGUUGUCAGGCUGACCCAGCAAGAAUGACAAUAGACCUUCAUUUCCUGGAAAAGGAGACCAAACUUCAGAGAGAGAGAUUAUCAGAUCUGAAGUAUAUGAGGUGUAAAAUAAAGGAAGAUGUCACCAAUAUAAAACAUUCUGUUGUUGAAAAACAAGGAGAAUGGCAUAAAAAGUGGAAAGAAUUUCUUGGCCUGUCUCCUUUCAGUCUAAUUGAAGGUUUGACUCCAGCUGUGGAUCUUUUACCACCAAUGUCUCCUCUUUCAUUUGAUCCUGCCUCAGAAGAAGUAUAUGCAAGGAGUAUUCUUUUGCAGUAUCCUGCUUCUCUUCCAGAUACACCUAAGCAACACGACCAAGAAAAUGAUUGCAUGACAGCCAGUAAUACAUUGGGAACUGGACAUGAUCUAGGCAACAGACCUGCAGCUUUCCUGUCACAGCCAGUUUCAUCAUCAGAUAGAAACAGUGUUAGAUUACUUGAAAAGGACAUGAAGAUAAGAACUCCUAGAGAAGAAAAUGAAAAACCUUCUAAGAAGACACCAAAAUUUGAAGUGAAAAACUCUCUAUCAUCAAAUACUGCAAGAAGUACAGAGAAUACUGCAUUCGCAGGGUCUCUGCCAGCUAAAAAUAGGGAUAUAUUCCAAAAAGAGCAAGAUCAUCUGGUAGAAGAGGUUGCAAGGGCCGUUUUAUCUGAUUCACCACAGCCCUCUUCAGGAAGAGAAGUAAAAUUAGAGGAACUAUUUGAUUCUUUAGUGUCUAACCCAUUCUUAACAAGGAACCAAAUUCCCCGAACGCCAGAAAACUUGAUAAGUGAAAUCAGGAGCUCAUGGAGAAAAGCUGUCGAAAUGGAAGAUAACGAAAGUACAGAACCAAUUCAGAUGGAUACUGAACGGAGAGAAGAAUUGCCAGAAUCCUUACCUGUGUCGCGAGAAGAAUUGCCAGAAUCCUUACCUGUGUUGCAUAACCCAGGAGAAAUUAGCAAGACCAGCUCUCUUGCAGCAAGCACUGUAUCUCAUUGUAGCCAUUUCCAUUUACCUGAAGAGAACGUUGUUUCAGAUUGCCUCAAGUGUGUGCCUCAGAAACAUGUGGUGACCAGUUACAUAGGUGGACCAUCGACACAAAAUCAGUCAGAUUUGUUAAGUAAGAAAAUAAGGUGCAAGGAAGGUUUGGAGCAUGCAGUGUUACAGAGCAAGCCUUUAGAAACUAGCCAACCAGAGACAGUCUCCCCUGCUCCAGGUAAUAGGAGAUUUGUGAUGGCUAGCAAUGAGGAGGGGUCUUCUAUUGACCACUUGCAAGCUUCUUACAAGGAACCUUUCAUGCAUAAAAGUAUGUUAUGGGACUCUUUUCAAUUAUCAAGUGGAACUAGUUCCAGGAGCUUAAAGGAUAUUGAUGUUGGCAUAUUACAUGAAACGCUUCCAGAAGAAGUUGGUAACUUAAGUCUUAAUAGUUCCAGUAGUACAGAGGCCAAUUUUAAACUAGAGCCAAAUAGUCCUAUGCACAGUGGCAUUUUUCCAGAUAGUGUUGUGGGAGAAAGACCAACUACUCCAGAAUCAGACUGUAAUUUACAGGCUAUUUGCCGUAGAUAUGAGGCUCUGAAAAAAUCUCUAUCCAAGAAAAGGGAAGAAAGUGACCUUUCUAAUCCUGAAACACUUGAAGGACACAAACCAGAAUUGAGUCCUAUGCCCACUAACAUGCAAACAGAUGAUAUGCUUGACUUUUUGGGCACUGAAGAUUUGCACGUUGACUAUAAAAAACCAUCUUUACGCAUGUCCCUUGGUGAAAGAAAACGGUCUCUUUCACCACUAAUUAAGUUUUCUCCAGUUGAACAAAGAUUGAAAACUGCAAUACCAUGUAGUCUUGGAGAACUUCUACCUAAUUUAAAAGAAGAAGAAAUCUUGAGUAAGAGCCUUGAGGCAAACGAAUUUCCGUCAGACUUUAGAAGAGAUGAAGCAGAAGCCCAGUCAAUUUAACUAUGAUGUACCUAAAUUUAAAGCAUUGUAUAGGCUAAAAGCGGAUUUAUAAUUUAAAUACAUGUUGGAAGUAUAACUCUUUUUCAAGGUCUAAAAAAUCCUAAAUAAUGUCUUUUAUUUAGCAAACAAUAGUUUUUAGGUAAAGUAUGUUUGGAUUGUCUCCUUGAAUGGGUCUGGGGCUAAAAUGGGAAGUAUUUGGGAAGCAGAUAUCAAGUUUUGUGAAGCCAUUUUGAUUCCUUGAAUAAUUUGUAAGCAUUAUAGUAAAGUAUUAGUUUAAUUUGUUAUAAUUUCAGUUGAUUAGCAAACAUGAGUGAUUUUUGACACACUUUUAUUAACUGGUUAACAUAAUAACCAUUGAAUACUGAUCUUUCAUUUUAGGGAAAUACAUAACUUUUAUUGUUUCUAUAUGGAACAUUAUAGUACUAACCAAAAAAAGUGAGAAAAUAGUACCUUGGGAUAUGUAGUCAAGGUGAGAAAAGUUUAAGUUUGGGAAAGCUCUAAACAGGCAUAAUGAUUGUUUAAGUAGUAGGUUGGUCCUGGAAAAUGUUUGGUGGAAUAAAGUGUAUGUGAUGAUAAGUGAAGACUGGGGCAGAAUGAAUUUAGAAAAAAGGAAAAAGAUGGAAAAUGACUAGACACUUUUAAGGAACACUGUCAAAAUAUAAAUCCAUUCAAUGGGUUGUAUAGCAGAUUUAUAUUUAGUCUAAUUUAGACUUUGAGAAUUUAAUUUAACCCUCAUUUUAUAUUUUAACAGGAAAAAAUGUAAAUUAAAAAUUUGUUAGUCUCUGUU